AUGGUUGCAACCUCUCUUGAGAGACAGGGGAAUGGGAGUCCCAGGUUUCGUGGAUGUACCAAUAUACGGGACUUUGAGUUCUUGGGCAAAUUAGGUGAAGGUACCUUCGGGGAGGUAUACAAAGCCAGGUCGAAGAGAGAUAAUACCAUUGUCGCGCUAAAGAAGAUCCUUAUGCACAAUGAGAGAGAUGGGUUCCCCAUAACCGCUCUCCGUGAGAUCAAGCUCCUCAAAAUGUUGUCUCACACUAAUAUCUUACACCUCAGAGAGAUGGCCGUGGAACGCAGCAAAGGGGAAGGCCGAAAGAAGCCAAGCAUGUAUAUGGUCACCCCAUACAUGGAACACGAUCUCUCAGGGCUGCUAGAGAAUCCGAGUGUCCGUUUUACUGAAGCCCAGAUCAAGUGCUAUAUGUUACAACUUCUGGAAGGGCUUAAAUAUCUGCACGCGAACUCUAUCUUGCACCGCGACAUGAAAGCGGCCAAUUUACUCAUCAGCAAUAAGGGUGUUCUUCAAAUUGCUGAUUUUGGUCUGGCUCGCCCAUAUGAGGAACCUCCUCCUCAACCCGGGAAAGGUGGCGGAGAAGCAAAAAGAGAUUACACCACUCUUGUUGUGACUCGCUGGUACCGCCCUCCGGAGCUUCUUCUUCAACUUCGGCGUUACACUACAGCAAUUGAUAUGUGGGGUGUCGGUUGUGUCUUCGGCGAAAUGUUCAAAGGGAAACCGAUUCUCGCUGGCAACAGUGAUCUCAACCAAGCUCACCUUAUCUUCAAUUUAGUCGGCUCACCUACCGAAGAGACAAUGCCAGGAUGGUCUUUGCUUCCUGGAUGUGAUGGUGUAAAGAGCUUUGGAAACAGACCCGGGAGGUUGUCUGAGGUUUUCAGAGAUCAAAGCUCCAAUGCGGUCUCCUUAUUGAGGGAGCUUCUGAGGCUUGAUUGGAAAAAGAGAAUCAAUGCCAUUGAUGCAUUAAAUCAUCCCUAUUUUGCUGAUCCACCACUACCUGCACGUCCCGGUGAGCUGCCAUCGUUCGAAGAUUCUCACGAACUUGACAGAAGAAGAUUUCGGAGCAACAGAGCCGUUAUGCCCCCUGCACCCACUGGAGGUUCCAUAGCAAUGGCCACAAAUGGAAGCUGGACUACUGCAUCUGGUAUCAGACCGCCUGUUGCCGAGAAUAAGAGUAGCCGUCUCCCUAGUGCCGUCCGUUCGAGCAGGCCGCAUCCCAGUGCGGGCCAUGGACAUUCUCAGGCUCGUUCUUCCGACAAUCGACUCGCCGAAUCGCACACAUCGCAAGCUAGGCUGGAUGAGGAGUCACAUUCAGGUCCUUGGCGUAGAGGUGGCUUACCCCCAAAACCUCCUGCAUCGGCACAUCAAUGGCACUCUGGUAACAUGGGCAGAAUUGGACGUGAAAGAGAUUAUAACCGUGCAGGUGGGCGACCCGAAAUCUAUGUGGAUUCACACGUCCAUGCUCAUGUUAACACAAAUGCAGUUGAUUACUCUCGUGAAAGGGAUAACAACAUCAACCUUAGUACUGAUAGGCAUGAUCAAUCACGUGAGAGUCUAUCCAGAAGAAGGAGCCGGAGUCCCUUUGCGAGAGAUGGUGCCCGUGACACGGAUAGAGCUUUAUAUCGCAGAUGA